CCUCCCACAUCCGGUAGGAAACCGCUAUCCGUCAGAGAAAAACUGACUCGAGCACCGCUACUUCGGACGGACAACAGCGAAGCCGGCGCCGGUUGAAAGGCGUUUAUUCUCGUGGUUUUGGAGACUUUUCAGCCCGGACACGUUCGGAGAAAAAAAUGCCCGGACAGAGGUAACCGUCCCCCGGGCUGCUGCUGCUGCUGCUGCCGCCGCCGCCGCCUCUUCAGCCGGCUGAAGGACGGGGGCAGGACGGAGAGGAGAUGGAGAGGCCGCGCAGGCUGCUGCUGCUGUCCGAGCUCCGCGUCCGCAACGCCGCGCACGACGUGAGCCUGAGCCGGUCCCUGCUCACCUGGAAGCGACGGACCUCCAGCCCGGUGUACCACCCGUUCCGGCCCAGUGUGUAUCACAGUGUGUCAGUGUCAGAGAUCAUCUCCGUCAGAGAGGAAGAGGAGGAGUACGGCAGCAAGCGAAGAGACGAUGGCAGCUGGAAAAAGAUCAAAGAGAGAGAAGGAAAGGACUGCAGGCAGACCUUCACAGUGUUGUACGUGGAGAGGUGUCGGCAGCACCGCUGGCGGUGUGCUGAGGUCACCUUCUCGUGUUCAGACGAGGCACUGUGUCAACGCUGGGUCAGCAGCAUCAGAGAGCAGCUCGCCGCCAUCACCUCCAGACCCAAACACCUGCUGGUCUACAUCAACCCAUACGGUGGGAAGCGACAAGGCAAAAGCAUCUACGAGCAGAAGGUCUCCCCGCUGUUCGCGGAGGCCGGCAUCUCCACAGAUGUCAUCGUGACAGAGCACGCCAAUCACGCCAGGGAUCACCUGAGGACGGGGGCAGAGCUGAAGAAGUUUGAUGGCGUGGUGUGUGUCGGCGGGGACGGCAUGUUCAGCGAGAUCGUCCACGGGCUGAUCUGGAGGACGCAGGUCGACGGCAGCGCCGAUCCAAACUGUCCGGAUGAAACGCUGCUUCCCUGCUCACUUCGCAUCGGGAUCAUUCCUGCAGGUUCCACAGACUGUAUCUGCUUCGCCACUGUGGGCACCAACGACCCCGUGACCUCUGCACUGCACAUCAUAGUGGGAGACUCUCAGCCGAUGGACGUGUGCUCGGUUCACCACAACAACACGUUCCUGCGAUACUCCGUCUCACUGCUGGGAUACGGUUUCUACGGUGAUGUGCUAACUGACAGUGAGAGGAAGAGAUGGAUGGGACCGGCCAGAUACGACCUCUCAGGUCUGAAAAUGUUCCUGACACAUCAUUAUUACGAAGGAACAGUUUCCUACCUGCCGGCCAGAGGCAUCGUCGGAACGCCGCGAGACGCCACCAGGUGUCGAUCGGGCUGUGUGGUUUGUCAGCACAACGGGCAGCUACGUCCAGAGACAUCUGAUGGGUACGAGAUGGAUGAUGCAUCAGAAAGUGAGAGCGACGGCGAGUGGAAGACGAUCCGAGGGAAGUUCCUGGCUAUCAACGCUGCGAGCAUGAGCUGUGCUUGUCCUCGCAGCCCCAAGGGCCUGUCACCUGCCGCUCACCUAGCCGACGGCACCACCGACCUCAUUCUGGUCCGAAAAUGUUCCCGCUUCAAUUUCCUCCGACACCUCCUCCGACACACCAGCAAAGACGACCAGUUCGACUUGACUUUUGUUGAAGUCCACCGGGUGCGGCGUUUCCGCUUCACGCCGCGUCACUGCCAGAGCGACUCUGACCUGGAGCUGGACCUGCAGGAGUACGGCAAGCGCCAGAUCUUCAGCCAGAUCUGCCGAGACCACCCGGCUUGUGGCUGUGCCCCCGCCUACAGCAGCUGGAACUGCGACGGCGAGAUCCUGACCCACGCAGCCAUUGACGUCAGAGCGCACUGCCAGUUGAUCAAGCUGUUCGCCCGAGGGAUCGAAGAGCCGGCAGUGUUCGAGGAUCUCACCAACCCCUGUGCAAUAUAGACGAGUACCCCAAUAAUUCCCUGUCAGACACUGGAGUCCUCUCUGUUACCAGCCGCUGCCUGCGUCGCUGCAACACUCAUCACAUCCUUCACCAGGAGACUCAACGGGAUUUUGUACCCUCAGAAUGUGUGAAAGUCCAAAAAUGAGUUUAAAUGUAUUCGCUGGAAAGUAGUGACUUGUUUUUAGAAAUCAAUCACAAAAUUAUAGACCCUGAGGGUAUUUAGGAUUUUUGUUUCGUAGUGAACAGCUGACUGGCUGCUCCGUGUCUGGCACCAGGUUUGUGUUUUUUAUAUUGAACUCCAGACCUGAAACUGAGAUCUGUUUGACAGUAGUUUUCUCCAUAAUCCUCAGAUCAUUACUUGAUGUGUCUUGAGGUCACAAUUGUCACAGCGAUAAAGGAAGAAAAAAAAAAAAGGGUCAAAGCAACACGGACUCACUGAAGGUCUGUGUUGUCCUGCGUAUCAUAGCCUGUAGAAUAGUCUGGUUUUAAUCUCAAGUCUGGUCUUCUUCUUUUUUAUUGCAGCUCUUGUUUUGAGCCACGUUGGCGUUUUGAAUAGACCAGUUUGAUUCUCUUUCCCCAUCAGUCUCGUGGCAGUUUGGUCUCAGACUUGUCCCUCUCUAGUGGGGUUUGUUCUUCACUUUGACUUGUAAUGACUCAGACUUGUCUCAGGCUAAUAGGAGUCAUCGAAUAGAACUUAUUAUAUCGAGGCUUGUAUUGAGACUUGUGUGCACUCCGACUCUCGUGCCUUGACUUGGUUUGGUUUCCGCCUCAGCCCCCAGUCUGACAUGUCACAGUCUUUUGUCUUGACCAACUCCAGACUGGUGAGACUGCCGUCAGUCAGACGUUGUUGUUUUACAUCUCAAUCUGGUUUGUUUCUUUUAUCCCGGACUGUUUAACCUUCGACAUGCGUCUUGUUCUCUGCCACCAGUUACUCUCAAUUGUAACUGCAGUCUUGACCUGAACUCCACUGUACCACUGUAGUACUCAAGUCUUGAUUACGAUCUAGUUUCUUUCCAUCAUCUCACGUGCACCUUUGGUGUUGAUUCGGGUAUGACUCCGACUCAUCUUAAGUAGUCGUGACUGCAGCCCUUCUGCAGAUCAGAACAGGGUUUUUGUAUUUAUUCAGCAUAUAACUACGUUGGAAAAAUCAACUUAUCUGCACUUUUUAAAUAGUUUCAAUUUUGCUUUAUACUCGAGGAAUAUUCUAGAUUUGGGAUUAUCUUUAGCAUGUUGUGAGGAUGCCAGACACAUGCCAGUCAUUCCAUGGUCAUGUAAUCUCUAAGGGUCAAUGAUGGAUUUCUCAUUCAUGAAAGGCAGAAAUUAAGUCUCGAGCACAUGGUCAGUACUUGAAGGGAACCACGCUGACAGGCGAUUUACGUUUUCACAUCUUCCUCGAACAGUCACCGUCUGUGUUCUUCAGCCGUGUGAAGGGUUUCUGUUACAUUCUACUUCUAAAAUUCUAUUAGAGUUCGUAUUCGUGUUUCCUCCGUUUCUCAGGAAGACCUGACCUCAAUCGUAGCUAUGAACUUGUAUUUUACACAUAUGAUUUCCCAACAAUUUAGAAGAUUUAAUUAUUCAUUUUCGUUAAUAAAAAAAGUAGUGUCAGUCAAGCUGGUCAUGGCUGAGUAUGCUGUACAGUGCACAAUCUUUUCUGUUCUCGAUAUGCAAAUAACCUCUGCUGGCGCAAACACACGACUCAAUGUGUAAAUCAUCUGAAAGAUUACUGCUAAUACACCAAACAAACUGCAGAUAUUCUGUCUUUGAAAUGAAAGCUGUAGCAACAAUACUGAACUGGUUUGUUGGAUUCAUUUUGUUUCAAAAAACUUCAAGAUAAUCACACGAACCUUCCACAAUUCAAAAAUGAUAUUCAACAGAUGACACAAAUACUUUUUGCAAACAAUUGCCUUCAGAACUUAAUUUUGUCCACCUUUAAAUGUAUUUGGCUGUUAGGGAUGUUCCUCAUUACGAGAGUCACAACAUGGCCAAAGGUAUGUGGACAGCUGAAAAUCACAUUUGGUUCACAGGGCCGCGGCUUGUAGGCCAGUCAAGUUCUUCCACAAUAAACCGCAACAAUUAUUUUGUCAUGGAACAGUUUGUCUAAAACAUUUCUAUUAGAAAUAUUUGUCCUGACCGAAAGAGCACUAAAGCCCCUUUUCUCCGUUUUUCUGUUCAGAAAUGUCUCUUUUGAGGUGCAGGAUAACUUUAUUUCUUUAUUUCUAAAUAAACAUUUGCAAACGUUUUAAGGGGGCCCCGAGCCAAAAAGAUUGGGAGCCACUGUUAAGGAUAUGCAUGGAUAGUCCACACACUUUUAGCUAUAUGGUUCACCAGCCAAAAAGGAAGCCUCUUGUGUAUAUGUGACUAUUACACAUAUACAUACAGUUAAAACUUUAUUGGUGGGAGGUUCAAGUUGUUGAUUUGAAGUUUUGAGAAUCCUGAUUGUGUAAAACCGGAAAGAAAUCCAGUGUUGAUGUUUUGUAUCUGUUCACUAUAGUCUUUUUCAUGUUACAAUCACUGUAGUCUUUUUCAUUUUAUAAUUUCAAAUCUCUGAGCAUGUUGUAGUCUAAAGUUAACUCACUGUGUCCACAGGGUAAUUUUUUUUUUAGAAAAUGCAAUCCACAGGAAGCAUUAUGAUGAACCAAUGAUAUUCUACGUUUAGAUUCACAUUCAUCUGUAAUGCUGCCUUUACACAUUCUCGUGGAAAGCAGUAACAGUGAAGUCACAAUUCUUUCACAAAAUCUGAGAAGUAGUCAGCCUGUCCAAAAUGUUGGUUUACACAUCUGUUCUGAUAAUCAAAAAUGUCACUAUUUAAUUCUUGCUUUGGCUCAUUUUGAGCUCUGGAAAAGGCACACAGUAUCUGAAUCAUCGCGAUAUUGUUCGCAAAUAUUGCUUCUUCUUUGUUAUUCACUGAAAGAAAUGUAAUGAUUUGAUAGUUUCAAUUUGAUCUGGGUAUGGAGCCAUUCUGUUUUGGAAAACAGUUUGAACUCUUUCAUCAGCAUUAGAAUUCCAGAGUAGCUGUUUGCCUUUUUGUUCAUGUGCUGAACGGCAGUCCUUUCCUCCCUGUUCAUGUUGAGCUGGACUCAAACCGACAGAGAAGGGGCUCGGUAGCAGCUCGUCACGGUGCUUUCAAAACACAGAUCACCAUUCAGAUAUUUUCCUCAUUUUUAACCUGACCAUAUACCAACCGGAGUUUAAUGACGUAGCUGUAACAGUUGCCCACAGGUCUUCAAAAGGGCCCAAAAUGUUGGACCCAUGCAGUCCUAAGGGAAAACCAACGCACAUUAAGCUUACAUUAAUUUUUAAGGAAAAACAGACCUGAUCUAAAAGGGACUUCGGGAUCGUCAAAACUGUUUUUUUUUCUUUAUCCAGGCUAACCAUUGUUAGCAAUAGCAUUUGAUAAAAACGCAUUAGACAGUUGUUGUUUUUUUGGCGCAUAAACAAACACAUUCUCCGACAUGCUUUCAUCCAGGCUAGCAGCCGGCACGCUAGCCCCAACCAGACGACAACUUCACAUCCUCGGUGGAGAGAAACUGUUGGAAUCACCAACUGCUGGGUGACUGACGACCGUAGACCACGAACCUCUUUGUGGAGGGGCCAAAACUGGCACAGCGGGGUCAACAGGUCAACAGCAUUAAGGUGGCUUGAAUGCAGUCAAUGAGGUCAUUGAAAGGGUUUCGUUCAUCCAGUGAUUAGAGAGAAUCAAAAUUGUACUAAUAUUAUCAGAAAAAGGUUGCUAUGAUGCUGAUGUGACUGGAACCUUUUCAAGAGAGUUAAAUAUGUAAGAAGUGCAUAAAAUGAACAUGUAGUAUUAUGUCACAGAAUCAUGCAAUCAUCUGUAGUGUUGCGUUUGAUGUUUGACAUGUAUGUAGAAUAAAGGAAUUAUUAUUUUUAACCCUGAUUUAUUUUAUUUUUGCUCAUCAAUAAGCGUCAAAGAAAGUCAAAAGCAACUAAAAUGUCUUUUCUCGAAUUUUCCUUAAAAAACCUUGUUUGAAGAAAGUAAUGAAUUUCAGUUCUGUGAAGCAUUCCAGUGUUCUUUUACCUUCGGCAUAUUAUUUUGUAUGUAGUAAAUGUUUUGAUUUAAUCAGUUGACCUCAAGCUGUAAUCUGAACUGUAACUGAUUUUUACCCACUGCUGUAGCUGUGUCAUUAUCAGAAAAUAAAAACAUAUUCAACUCUU